AUGUACAUGUGGUCCGAUAAAUGGCUUCUUGAUUUCAGUGUGCAGAAGUGUGCCGUACUUCGUCUGCAUCCAACCAACUAUCAUUCAACUGAGGGCCUGAGGGCAUAUCGCCUGAAAGACAUUGUUAUUCCCAAAGAAUCUUCACUGAAGGAUUUCGGUGUUUGGGUACGCAACAACAUGAAACCAGCACUGCAGUACAACAGGGCUAAAAAAACACCAUGGAGUGCUCCAUGCGAUCAAAAGUGCGUUGGUAACCUUUAACAUAGACAAUUUUGGGGAGUUUACCGCGCCUUUGUGUGGUCCCAUCUAAAAUGUUACGGAAGGUCACUCGCAUACGCGGAUUCAUAUGCAAAAGUUUAGACACAAAUGUACUAAAGACAUAACUUUAUGCAAUGUAGGUUUUCUUUGGCACAAUGCCCUCAGAAGAAACAAAAGACAUUCAGAGAUGCGUUGUUAAAUCUUUGUGCAAAUGUGAUGGCCGAAAAUGCUCGUCCAUUGAACUAUAUAAUAAGCGUGGUCCCUGAUCCCUGUGGAUUAGUGUAUCACUAUAAUAGCGGGUUGCUUGAAUGAAGGGAGGAAAAACAGUAAUGCGGGCAGCGUGGCUGAAUCACUCCUUUCUGAUUUGAAGGCAAGGACGAUAGAGGCGAGCGUAUCCGUCGAUAUUUUGCAUAGCUUCAUCUUUGAUUUCCAAUCAGUUCGCUUGGCCGAAUUAAUAACACAUCAUAAUUUCUACGAUUGGAAUGACUUCUUCCUAAGUUCGGAUGUAAAUGUUCGUAAUGAUAAACUAACGAAAUUUUGGAUCCGCUUAUUUCUCGUUUUGCCCCUCGUAAAAAAUAAUGAAUACCGGGGAUGAGGUUCUCCUUCCCUUACCCUUUCGCUGUAGUUUGCGCAAGCCUUCUCGUCGAUCCCCUCUUCAGGACGACGUUCCCGUUCCGCCCUCAAUUUGGGAUAUUUUUGCGCGGGCUAAGAGAUUGUCCGAAGAAACGCAGCCAGUAAAGGUGGUCCACUUCAUCGAAAACCGUUCGUUUAAUGUCUCGAAACUUUUUUCUCGAAAGGUACGAACUCUCAGAAAAACGCAGCAUCCCACUCUUUGGGACGCUUUCGGGAAUCCUAUAACUGAUGCACAGUUGGCCGCUGACAGUUUCAAUGCUCUCCUGUCUAAAACGUUUAUUAAAAACUCAACCGCUCCGUUUCGAACCAGACAUCCAGGCAUAGACCGGAGUAGGGCUCGAUGAAAUGAAAGUUGGAUAUGGGCAUAAGCCUCAGUAGGAACAGACAAUAUCCCGAACCCUCUUGUAAAACGGCUAAGAGAUUUACCUGCUCUGCUUAGCAAACUCUUUUCAGUCCUUCUCGAAAAUUGUUUCUUUCCUGACUGUUAAAAAACCUAUAUUAUUACUCCAGUAUUUAAAUCUGGCUGUCGUUCUGAUGUUCAAAACUAUCGAGGUGUCCAUAAACCACCUCCUUCGUCAAAAUGUUUAAAAAAUUAUUGCCAUGAAACUAACCGACUUUUGUAUAGCCAAUCAAGUUAUUAUCCCUUUCCAACACGGUUUUCGCCCGAUCGCUCUCGUGAAACAUGUCAUAUGUCGUUUCUAAAUCUAUUUACUUCUAUUCGUAAUAUUCAUUUACCUGUUUAGGUUGUUGGUGUUGAUCUUAGGAAAGCCUUUGAUAGAGCGCCACAUAGAAGACUCUUGGUUAGAUUUGAAGCUCUGGGAUUUCAAAGUCCUCUUAUAGACUUUAUCAAGUCAUACCAGUCGAAUCGCAAAUAAAAGGUUUUAGUGGGAUCUUCAUUCUUCCACGAGAGUGAGUGUGGUCCAACAAGUGAUGUCCUACAAGGUACCGUUUUAUGUCCUCUUUUGUUUCUGCUUUACAUAAAUGUUAUCUCGUCAGCAGUUAAACAUUUCCAAUCCUUUAUCUAUGCUUACGAUCUCAAAUGUGUAUUUUCAUUCAAUAAGUCCACGAUCCUUCAUUGCCUGGAGCAAAUCAACGCUGACAUGCUUGCUCUCCCACCGUGGAACUCAAAUUGACUAAUGUAAUUCUCUCUGUCUAAAUGUCGCAUUAUGUGUUUUGGACCUGAUGGGCUACUACGUCCAGUGGUCUUUCAAGGCAAACCUAUGGCUGAAUGUACAACCAUCCAGGGUUUAUUUAUAAGCUACAACAAAAAUUUUGAUCUCUUGCCACAAGCCGACAGAAUUACGGCCAAAGCUGCCAAAUCCUGGCUUUAUUUCGUACAAUUGCUAUCCUCUUGAAAUUGAAUUAGAACUCUCUUGAAUGGUUGUACUUCUCAUUCUCGACUAUCAUUGCCCAUUCUUUGGUUUUACGAAAGAGAAUGGUCGUUUAAAAUUGAAAAUGCUAUAGGAAAUUUUACUAUAAGACUAUUAGUAAGAAAAAAUCCAAAUAUUUCCUACGCAUAUAUGUGCCACAUAAAUAAUCUAAAGUUUUAUCGGUACGAAGACUAGACGCAGGCUUCUGUCUCAUAUUUCGCAUUAAUAAUAGUUCAAGUCUUCUUCGAAUUUCGGCCCUUACUCCUAGUAUUCGCCAUAAAUUCUUCGCAAUUCUUCCUUAAUUAUACACUUUCCGCUUCUCAUACCUAUAAGCAUUUUGUUCUUCUCAUGUUUAGGUAUACUUUCCCCUGGAAUAAUCUUCCCAUAUAUAUAGGAUAGUUUGAUAAUCUACACACUUAAAAGAGAGGUUUACGCAUUUAUCUUAAUACUGGCUCGAUAAGACCUUUAGUUGCCCCAUCUUUCUCGGACAACUUUCUUUAUGACACUGAGAAGUGGCCAUUGGUCAUUUAUGAUGCCCCACUUAAGUUCCGUAUCCGUUCAAAUUUCCCUUCUUUGUAUGUCGUUUCGUCUCCUAGGGUCCCACAUCAGAAAUGUUAAUUUUUUUUGGUUUUAAGUUCAUUCAUCCUGCCCCUCAUUGAAUGCGAUAUCCUCCCUAACAAAUUCUCCCAGAGAAGUAGAUUGACCAGUUGAAGUGCAUGCCUUAAGACUCCUCAUUUUGACUGAUUGCCGACACUCUCAGAAUUUCCCCUUAACCCCCGCGAUCUCGAACGCUUACCGCCAAUCGUUGACUUUUGCAGAUCUUGAUGUCGUCUCCUAACUUAGACCACGAACUGUUUGCUGACGGUCACGGCGUGAGUCUUCUACCUUCGCCAUUUAUUAGCAGUUUUGUCAGUCAGCAAAGAGAUCCCAGGGUCGCAUUCUCUUUCUUACGCUUUGAUAACUGACCUAGCAGUUAAUGUCCCAUCCUUGGCUGGACUCUGAGCAGACUGCGUCCCGUCGCGUCUACGUCCAUCUGUCUUGCCACUUCAAGGUGGAUAAACUCAAUUGGUUUAGGAGGCUCUGUUUUGACGAUUUACGUUCUAAUUCCCAUGUUAAAUACGUAGGUAGGCCAGUUCCGUUCGACCCGCACAUUUUUCCUCUCAUUUGCUGCAGAAUUUUACUCCUUAAGGGUUAACCAAGUCAUACUCAUCUGGAUUCUUUCAUUAGGAGCUUUAUCACUGCUCGCUGAUCGUUUUUACAUGUGCUUGUUUGUUCUACAACCGAAAUUUGAAUAAUGUAGAGAAUCUGUCUACUUUCUCUAAAAUUAACACGAAAGUUUAUAGUAACUUGCUCGGAUGGGACCCCUAAGAAUCUUUAAAUAAAAUUAUUCAUUUAUUAAGCCAACAGAUCGUGACAUCGCGCUCGAGCUCUUAAAAAGCUACCUACAGACCUUUGCCAGUGGUGCCGUACAUGGCGCCUUUCUCUUUCUUGGCAUAAAUGCUCAGUUAUGUUGGUUACCGUCGACCAUCAAUCUCAACCAAUUGUUGACAGUCACGACAUAAAUGGACAUGGAAUAAUUAAGGAUCUGGGUGUGUCAUACUCCUAGAGCCCUAGUCUUUCGGAACACUGCGCCCAGAUAGUCUCCAAAACACGUAGAACGACUUUUAAACUACCGAUUUUAGAAUGCGCCAUCAAUGCGCCUGAAAUACUUGUCGUUUUUAUUUAGCCUCAUGAGUGCUGCUGAGUGGUAGGACAUAGAAUCCGUCCAACACUUCUUUUAUCAAGAGGGUUUUAACCUCGGAACAGCGACACUUGUCUUACCAAAAACAUUGCUGGCUUAAUGGUCUUGAUCCUUAAUGAUUUUGUAAAUUACAAAAGGGACUAUUUUUACUAUUUAAGAUUUUAUAUGAUCGUACCUUUAAUUCGCCCACCACUUUGAGACAUCUUGCCCAACCCGACGUAAGAGUCACCGUGAGGACUUUCUAUUUCUUCAUCUGGCACUUGCCGUUAAAUAUCGUCGGUUCUUUCACGUUAAUGCAAUGGCUAUGUGGAAUAAAGUAUCGAGGAAUGUGAAAACUCUGCAAAUUGUCCUUUGUUAAAGAGACUAUUACUCGCUUUUUCCAUUCAGAGAAACUCUUGCAAAUUUUGGGUGCUGAAUCCAUCGAUCGAAUACACCGUAGCGAUGGCGUUCUUGGACUCUUAUCUCUACGGCCGGUAUCACCAAGUACAAUGUUUUAGACAGUAGCGACAGCUAUUCUUUAGUGCCUCUGUUUGGUCCAGUCCAACCUUAAUGAAAAGAAUUGGCGACUAAAAAUAUCCGGUGCAGUGCUACCCAUCCCUUUCUUUACUGUCUUAUUUUCAUGCUCAGCAUUUUUUCUCCUUAGCCCUCCAUACUAUGCAAAACCACCAUCCUCUUUAAUUUUUUUAUCAGGAUUUUUUCCACUGCUGGCCGGAUUUGUGCUUAAUCUUUCCCUGGCUUCGACUGUAAACUUGUAUUUCACACAAUUAUUAUUAUUAUUAUUAUUAUUAUUAUUAGUCUGCUCUCCUUUGGCCCUCUAACUGGUUACACGGUAAAUAAGAUGAAACAAAACCCGGGCUAGACCAGAGUCCGACUGCCGUUAUCGGGAAUGUGCACUCAUUGCUAGUGCCAACAUUGGGGUGUGGUUGCACGCCGAUGUACGGGUCCAUUCUUUCUUGGUAGAUAAAAUCUUGCCCGAGGUAUAUUUGGAUAGGGGAUAUAAUGGUACACCUUGGUGCGUGCUUUCGCUGUGCUAACUAUUCCCGCCGUCUAAUAACUCUGGCCUUGUGGCCCUGGGUUGAACCAGAGAGAGGUAUGGGAAGGGCUCAGAGUGUGUGACAGAUGUUGCUAAAGUCUACUGUACCCAUAAACUUAUUAACGUACCAGUCAUUAUCCGGGCCUUUAAACUGCUGCUGUGCAUGCAGUGGACAGCGACGUUCAGAACGCUCAAACUUCCGUUGGUCUCCCUCGUAAACAUGAUACCAAAUGCAUGCGACGAGACGGCAGCCAACUUUUACUAAGUCAGCCGGUGGUUGAACAAGUCGACUAAUCCUCGUGCGCGAUGCUUACGGCUGACAAUAUUUUGCGCAUUUAUAUAAAGAUGGAUUGCUUAAUUUGUGGCAAAACUCUUCUUUCAUGCAGGGUUUCUAAUGGCCAUUCGCUUAUGAAAACUGUCAAAUAUGCAAAGGUUUAUGUCACAGAAACACAAAACUAAUAAGGAGGAUUUUCCACUGUUUUACGUGUAUUGCAGUGUUAUUUGCCGAACGACAUGUGCUAAAACAACACUAUUUCAUUCCAUUCUGUUACUAGUUUUGAAUUUACUCUCGGUAGUGCUGGUCACCACAUCAUGUAAUUUUGAUUUGACGCUUAAUCCUUCCCCACGCUUCAUUGUUUGACAAACCAUCUGUCAUUUUUGGUCAUUGUUCAUUUAAUUAUAUGACGGAUUAUACGCAGGGCGCAGUAGGAUCCAGUUAGGCUACAGACGACGCAUUCAUUCAUUAGAGAAUGUAAGCAUUCUGCUGCGGAUUUGCCAACAUCAAGUACUUGUGGAAGCAGCUUAUUAACGGAGGAAUACAAAUCAUAAUCGUAGACCAACGAUUGCUAAAGUGAUCUCUAUUCAUGACAGACAAACCUUUUUCUUUUUAACACUGCAACGGUAUAGGCAGUCAACACUAUAUUUCGGCACGUUGAUCACGUUAGAAAUAUUUGCUCCCUAAAGGAGGAUUUCGAUUGAUUUUUCUUGUCAAUUCUUUCUCCACUUUACAUAUUGGUGUUCAUGGACGUUUUCUUUUUCCUUAGUCAACUUAUAUGCAGGAAGAAUUUUCAAUUAUAACAUGUCACGUAGCAUAGUUUAGGUUGCUAGAUGUGAUCGCAGUUUAGGUUUCUUGUUUGGGCUUAGUUGUACCUCGUCUAGUUAAUUGUAAACUGUUUGACAAACCAUAUUUGAAGGACCCUUCCACAGGAUUAUCUUAUGCAUUAGUUUGUUGUCAUUAAUAAUACUCCCCGUCUCGCUCUGCAGAUCGGAUUGUAAGGGCCGGCAAGUACUUUUCCGAAUAAAAACUAUAUAUGGGAAAAAUAAUAAAGAUAAGCUAACUGAAUGCCUUUUGGGAUUUUUUCUUUUACUUUUUGUUUGUUUGAACUUAUCGGACAGAGACAUAAAAGGAACGUUUUUGAAGUCUCUCCCCGGUCUCGUUUUUGUCAUCUUUCUGGUGCUGGAUCACGCGAAAAUUCCGGCUCUUGUUCUGUCUGUCAACAGCUCCAAGUUGAUUCUGGCGUACUGGAUGAAGUGCAUGUUUAGCUAGCCCACAAUUCUUGAAGGUAUGCUUUUCACACUCAGGGUGAAUAAUCUUUCAGAUUCAAAGUCCUGUACCGGAAUGUGAUUGUAAAGCUUAAGCUCACCUUAAUGUCAUGAAAGUGCCUUUUUCAGUUUAGAGAAUUGCGGUCUAUCUGGAUUGUGUCUAAAAAAUUGGUUUAUGAAAUUUCAGUAUCCCUUUGAGAGAUGCGUUUAAUUUCACAAUAGGAGGGCUAGGCGCUGAAGCGAGUAUCAAAAGACACGAUGCGUUGACGCCAGAGGACACACAGGAGAGAUUAUUAGCCUUUUUCGUGUUUGUUACAAAGUAGCUGUUAUUCUUUUAUUAAGUGCUUUAAGACAUUUGCAACGGAUAUUGUAGCUGUUUUCAGAACUUUAUAUAUUAAAAGGCGUUUUUAUUGCUUGUUUACCAACGAGUGUCGCUAGGAAUUCAUUUUGCUUAGGCUAAUUUCUCCUGCCAAUCAUAAUCAUAAAGUAACCUCUGGGCUAAAAUAAGAAAUAAGUUGGAUUUAAGCACCGGAUGCACAAAAAACAAAUCGUGAAUGGCCAGUUUACCGUACUUAUAGUAUUUCAUUCCGUAGUAAUGCCAGGGGCUUUCGUGGUACAUCAAUAUGCGGUUCAACAGCGGCAUUAUGUACUGUCAAAAGGCAAUUUUUCCGUGCACCUCCGAAGUAAAUGUAAUUUCUAAAUAAUAGAUAAGGCAGUUGUUUUGCUCACCUAAACGAUUUCAAAACAUUUCGGUUUACGUUUUUCGAGUUUUCAAACUUUUCUUUGACGAGAUCAAAUAAAGUUACAUCUUGUACAUACAUGUACACUUACGGGGUUUUGGACAAUGAACAAAAUGUUGAUUCCGUUGUUGAACAUAAAGUAUGAGUAGGAAUUGGUAGAAGCCAUGCGAUAAAAACUGUUCACAAUUUUAUAUGGGAAUCUGUGAUUUAUCGUAUUAUUGCCGCCAGCAUACACCUAAGAGCAACAAAUCGCCUUUCGAUAAAGAGGUUGACAUGCUUAACGCAAAUACGUUUAGUUCAACCUAAAGCUAUGUAUUGUGAUGUACGUCUUUCUCCAACCUAACAUCGACAGGAAUUCUUCGUCAUUCUUCUGUUUCUACUUCAUUGUGGAAAUGGAGAAAAUGUUCAAACCAAACGGUCGUUUUUUUCCUUUCAUGCUCACUAUCAGACUAAGAUAAAUCGUCUCUCAAGUUACGCUAGCAAAAGUACGGAACCAUUGCUUAGUUGUAGUUUUUCAACUUUGUAGCCUUCUUAUUAGCUCAAUGA